AACUAUAAUGCUGAGUCGCCCGGUAUAAACAUCAGUUAGCUAUUACUGUUUGCACGAGCUCCUUGGGGGUGCAGCGCUUGCGGCCUCUCAACUUACACCGCACCGCUUGCACACCACGUCAAUUGCCUGCCCUUCCUGCAAUACUUGACACUCUGGGCUUGAUAGUCUGUCUCGGCUUGCGCGAAAAGAGAAGAUCUAGAGCCCUUGUCGGCGCAACCUCGAUUCUUAAAAAUGGCCACACACGCCGCUUUGCGCGCAUGCAGCCUGCGUACUGCGCCCUUUCAGCGUGGACCGCACCAGACUACCUCAAUCGGCGCGGGUCCCGGGCCCGGCAGUUCCAACGCCUCGCCAUGCCCCUGCGCAGCUCCGCCAGCGGCGCCUCGCUCCGUCGCCACCGGCGCCAGCCUUGACCGCCGUGACAUGAUGCUUCUGUCCAGCUCGCUCGUAAUGUCCCACUUGGCCCUGUUGGGAGGGUGCACGCCCCCCGCACAUGCUGCGCGCGGCCUCGACAGAUAUAUCCGGCGGAAAUCGCUCGACCCGCUCGAGACCUACGUGCCGCUGGUGCUGGAAGCCCGCGCGCUGCUCGCCAAGGCCAAGGACCUUGCUGCUCAGGACGUCGGAGCCGCGCGCGAGCUGCUGCGAGCGGGACCCUACAACGGCCUGCGCGACAACAUCCGCGCCAUCGGCGAGUACGCGGCGCGCGACGGGCGCACCACGGAGGUGGGCCCGCUCGUCACCGGCUUCUUCAAGGCCCUGGAGGGGUACGACCAGCUGCUGCUCAAUGCCCUGCGCGACAAGACGCCCGUGGAGGCCGACAAGCUGGACGCCUGCAUCGCCGACCUGUACGCGGCAUUUGACAAGCUGAUCGCGACGGUGCCGGCGGAUAUUUUGGAGCAGGCGCAGAGAGUGCUGGAUGUGACCAUGGCCAAGGCGGCCGUGCGGCAGGAGGAGCCCGCGGGCGGCGCGGAGGGCGGCGCGGAGGGCGGCCAGGGCGGCGCGGGGGCUGUGGUGGUGGAUCAGGAGGCGGCGGAGCUGCUGCAGCUGCUGCGCUGAGCGCGGCGAUGAAGGCGGCAGAAGGGGAGCGCCAGGCGUGGUGCUGGUGUCAGCGUUGCGUGGCUGAGCCGCUGCUGUUUCAAGCAAGCAGCAAGCUCGUGGGCUGGGGGUCAUUAUAAAAAUGGUGUUGGGAAGACAGCGAAGAAGAAGUUAGGGGGGCCGGGGGUGCUGAAACCCCGCUGGGCAAUUUCGGAGAAGCGGCUGCCGCCGCUAGGCGUGUGUCUCGGAGGCGAUGUGCACGUCGGCGUGGUAUGUGGCGAGGCAUGGGCACCCAGCGCCCUAUGCCCGCUUGCGCUAAUUACGUACGUGGGUCUUGGCGGCGGGCAAAAGAUUUUGAUGGCGUAAUGCGGCCCCUGCGGGGGCACGGGGAAAGCCAUCCGAUGUUUCCCAUAACUGGUGCGGUUUGAGUAUUGCGUAUGCCGUGUCAGUAGGCUUUCUGAUGCUGAGCGAAGCGUUGGUGCUGGCAGAAAUGGCUGCUGGCUGGUAGCGUCCCCGACGCAGGCGGGGGGGAAGUUGAUUGGGUACGCGCCCACCUGCCAGUGGCUGUGAGGCAUUUUGUUGCGAGGCGAGACAGCGCGCGCGAGAGUCCAGAGAAGAGGUUUUGGCUUGUUCCGAAGGAAUGCAUAUCAAUUUUGGAGACAUUUCAUAGCUAACCGUUCCUCGUGUGCUUUGUCCUCGUGUCUGCGACCGUGCCAGAGCGAUGUAAAAUACGACCGCC